AGGUUCAUGAAAACAUAAAAGAAAAGGACACAUGAUAUGCGCUAGCCAAGGGGGCAUCUGCCUGAAGUCCAGUCCCGAGACUGAGUGGAGGAUGCUAGAUUUCUGCAUUGUUUCCAGCUGAAUCUUUCUUCCGCCCGCUUCCCAGAGAAAACUGGCUUCUUGCUUUCCUGCAGUGAGGAUCAGAUAUAAUUAUCAGUUCAUCCCCAGGAUUAUUCCACCCGCUAUGACUGUCAAAGAGCCUACUCCAAGAGCGUCUGAGAUGGAGAGUGAAAGGAUUGAGAAUAGGAAGGUUGUGGAGCAGAGGAUCAAAAGGCCAGGUAUAGUAACAAAGAAAAUGCUAAUCAUGUCAAGUAUGAUUUGUGGAGGUAUCGCCUUUCUUCUUUGGGCAGUGUUAGGAUUUCCUCAAAAAUCUAAAAAUCCAGUGAUCUUCAACAACAAGACAUGCUCUGAGGAUGCAAUUAUAUGCCCACAAAGCUGGAACCAAAUCAAUAAUAAUUGCUUCUUUCAAUCUGAACGUGAAAAAACUUGGAUGGAUGGCCAGACAAAAUGCACGGCUCACUCUGGAUCUCUGGCCAUAUUCAACUCCAAGAAUGAAGUGGAAUCUCUGAUGCCCUAUCUGGGACCCUCUUGCUAUUGGAUUGGACUGAAAAUGGACAGCAAAAGCAAACUCUGGAUAUGGACAAAUGGAGAUGUAUUCAGCAACUGGUUCAGUAUUGACGGAAGUGGAGAAUGUGCCUGCAUGUUUCAGAAGGGCAUAAGCAGUGGCAAUUGUAGUGAUGCAAGAAAGUACACAUGCAGCAGAAAAGGGUUUUGUCCUUAGAUAAAGAGUUUUUCCCAUACAGAAAAUAAAGUGAUUAAA